UCAGGUUUCCGGUACGGAUCGGGUCAUAUGCUGAGGAUAUAAAUACAUCUAGCGCGUCACCAUCGGUGGUUUUCCUGCUCGCUUUGGAGUCUUGGAUAGCAUCUCGUACGACAGUUUGCAGCUCGCUAACCAGUCAACCAGUCAGCUCACCAGGCAUGUCAGCUCCACGUUGCUGCAGCAUCUCUCCUGGCUACAACAGUGAGGAGAUAUUCUGUGAUUUUACUGAUCCACUGAAGACCCUGGCAGCCUCUGUGGGAGGAAACAUCACUCUGCCCCUCGCCAUGAAGAAGGAAGGAUUUCUGUUAUAUGAAGGAAAGAAUUUAGCUGUGGUGCGCGAGAACAAACUGGAGAUACUUGAAGAAAAUUACAAGGAUAGAAUUCACUGGAACCAGAACACAGGAUGUCUUACUCUCACCGGGCUGCAGAAAAAGGACUCUGGGAUCUACACAGUUGACUCGAAGGAAGGAGGAGGUGCUUCAGUAAAUUAUACACUGAUGGUGUACGACCCUGUAGCGACUCCUACAGUCAGCGUGUUGAACAGCAGCUCUGAGAACUGCUCUCUGAGCUGCUCUGUGGACUCAGCUCAGGAGGACACCACGCUGCUGUGGUCCUACAACCAGGAGAUCCUGAAGAAGAACCGCUCUGCUGCUUCUCUGUCUCUGACUUUAUUCUACUGGGAGGACCUGAACUCUCCUCUUCAAUGUGUGGCUGAAAACCCUGUAGAGAAUAAAACAGUGUCAGUUGAUGUGAGGACAGUCUGUCCACUGAAACAGAGUGUGAACCCCAACAGCUCCAUGGACUCCGGGCAUCAUUCGAUCCCCAUCAUCAUUCCCACAGUGUUUGGUCUCAUCUCAUUGUUAGUCCCUGUUUAUUUCAUCUGGAGGUUUUUUUUUUUUUCGCAAAAAGAAGUUGAGACAAACAAAAGUUUCUGCAGAAGUGGAGCUCACUGACGUCCAGAUCCGUGACAACGGACACCACUGAGGUGGGGAUUUCUCUAACGCCUUCAGAUGGAUGUGUGACUGUGGUCAUUACCUUGUAAAUAUGUAAGAGAUAAUAGAACCCCCCUUCUGUCAGUCAAAGUGACGUCACAUAAAUUUAAUCCUCAAAAAAAAUACCAGAAAAAUCAAAGUCCCGCCCCUUUUUCCGGUAUGUCCCGCCUUUUCCGGUAUGUCCCGCCCUUCCGGUAUGUCCCGCCCUUCCGGUAUGCGAUCGUAUCGGUGAAAAGAGGGUGGGAAAAUUCAAAGGUAUUUCCGUUGACGUAAGUUGGCGUGAUAAAGUCCGGAUGUGGGAUAAUGAGAGGCUAUUUGCUUUGAUAUAAUCAAGAUGACCUAAUUAUUGUGAGUGGGUGGGUGGUCUGAUGGCGUCGUGAUGUCGGAGGAGGAAAUGGGCGUGUGUCGUGCUGUACAGUAUAUAAAACGUUUCACAUAAGUGUGAUCGUGGCUGUGAAGUCGUUACUCGGCGAGGAAAAAAAACAUGGAGGAAGAUCUGUUGAUGAAAAAGUCUUGGCGUCUUGAUGAUGGCCGUGCAUUGUUAGUCAAGUUUAGGAGUGGUGGAGUAUCCCCAUACGUUGAUCUAUUCAGCUAUGAAACCGCUCCUGAGGUCUAUCAUCUGAGAAUCUACCCUAAAGAAUUUAACGGUCUGAAGGAUGCUAUUGAAGAAUUUAUUGAUUAUAUUGAACGUGUUCAGCGCGAUGGGGGUGUACUACUGAGCUCUAUGCACUUGUUAGAGCACCACGAGGGAGUGGAAAAAGGAAAAUAGAGUCAUGCUUUGAGGCUGAAAUUAUUAAAAAAAAAGCUAAACAUUUAUAUGUACUUUUGAACCCUGGUCGGACAUGCUUUGCAGCAAAUUUAGCAUGGCUGAAAAACCCUGAGCUGACAUAUGUUGACGCUUUGACCAUCGGGCGUGACAUUCACAUUAGGGCCGGUCUGACCCUUGAUGACGACGUGACAUUCAGCAAUGUAGCGCAAUUUGAACAGUUGCUGAAUUGUAAAAUUGUUAUUUUUUAUUGUGCGAAUGAUAAUGAGAAUAACCGGCAGAAAAACUUGUCUACAUUUCAAACACAAACACCAUCGCGUGAAAAAACAUAUUAUCUCCUCCUACACAAUAACCACUAUUAUGGAAUCAAGAAUGCGAGAGGGUUUUUAGGCGUAAAAUUUUUCUGUGAGCAUUGUCACACCGGUUAUCAUAUGCGGUACAGACACUCAUGUGCAAGGAGUUGUAAUAUCUGCAACACAAACUGCAAAGAAAGCUUAAUUCAAAAAAAAUACUGCAAGCGUUGUAAUAGGUUCUGCAUGAAUAUUCAAUGUUUCGAGAGCCAUCGUGCGUUGAAAUGGCAUCCAGAGGCUAAAAAAGCAGUCUCCAAUUGUGAAAUAAAUAAAAAAUGCUCAAAAUGUAAAUCACUCUAUUACGUUUCGAUUAAAAAUCCUCAGCCCCAUAGAUGCAUUGUUAAACGCUGUCUGAUCUGUAAACAGAGUAAAACCACUUCACCUUCGUUGAGUGAAGAGACAGUAUCCACUGUUGACACGGCCAAUCAAAACUCCAAUUCUACUGUAGAAGCUGAAGAAAAACAUAUUUGCUAUAUGCGGGUAAAAGAGCUAACGCCAGUGGAGAAGAUUUAUGAAAAGAAGCUGGUAUUUUUUUAUUUUGAGACCGCUCAAACCACCGGUACCCACCUCCCUGUGCUUGCUGUAGCUCAAUCGUCAGACGGUGAGGAGCUGACAUGGCGUGGAUCUGAGUGCGCAUUAAUGUUCCUCAUGCAUUAUCGAAAAAAAAAAUAUCGAAACACAACAUUUAUAUCACAUUAUGGGAAGGGUUUUGACCACCACAUUAUUCUAAAUGUAUAUGUGAAACAAGGUAUAUCACCAUUCGUUGUGGCUCAAGGGAGUAAAAUUAUCCUGAUUGUGGACACUGACUUCCAGCUUAAAUUUAUUGAUUCAUUUUCCUUCAUUCCCAUUCCACUCAGGGAUUUCCCUAAGGCAUUAGGCUGUAAAACUAAGCUCAAAAAAGGUUACUUUCCACACAAAUUUACAGAUUUUUCAAAAGCAGGGUAUAAGGGGAGAUAUCCUCCUCCUGCAAUGUACGGGGCUGAUGAGAUGAAUCCUAAACAGCGAGAAAGUUUCUUUCAAUGGUAUGACACGAUAAAAGAUCGGGAAUUUGACUAUGAUCGUGAGUUAGAAGAUUAUUGUAAAAAUGAUGUUCACAUCCUAGCAGAGGGUGCAUUGAAAUUUCGUGACGAAUUCAUACAAACGACAAAGUGUGAUCCGUUUGAGAACGUUACAAUUGCUUCAGCUGCAUUGAGUGUUUUUCAAACCUUAUUCUUAGAACCUGAAUCUGUCGCGAUACCAUCUCCCGAUAAUUACCGAUCUUCAUUCAAAGCUUUCUCACAUGCUUCAAUCCAGUGGUUGGAGUAUGAGGCUUUCUCACGCGGGAUUUCAAUUCAACAUGCAUUGAAUGGGGGAGAAGUUAAAAUCGGUCGCUAUUUUGUGGACGGCCAUGCGGUGGUAAAUGGUGAGACACGUGUCUUUAGUUUUUUUGGGUGUUUUUACCACGGCUGUAGAUCAUGUUAUAACCCGCAUGAUAAAUCACCUCUCACAGGUGAUUGUUUUAGCGAGUUAUACUCAGACACAAUAAAAAGAACCGAGCGUUUAAAAACUGAAUACAAUGUUCAUUCAGUGGUGACAAUGUGGGAACAUGACUGGAACUUCUUAAAAAAAACAAAUCCUAGUGUUAAAUCAUUCUUAGAGAGGUUUCAAGAACCAAUUCCCCUAGACCCUAGAGAAGCUUUAUAUGGAGGACGGACCGCUGCUAUCCGAAUGCGUCAUUCUGCUGAGGCUGAUGAGGUGAUCAACUAUUUUGAUUUCACUUCACUCUAUCCCUACAUUAUGUCAUGUCGAUCAUUUCCACUUUCACAUCCAAAAAUAAUCAGAGACAAUUUUGAUCCAGUUGAAAAUUACUUUGGCUUGAUCCAUGCUAAAGUCUAUCCACCGCGUAAACUGUUUUUCCCUGUACUUCCUAUCAGAAAUGAUAAAGGGAAACUUAUUUUCACAUUAUGCCGUUCAUGUGCUCUCGCAAACAAUCAGACUACGGUCUGCAGACACACGCUCAACGAGAGAUCAAUACAAGGAGUCUGGGUCUCUGUUGAGCUAAUGGAGGCCCUGGGAAAAGGUUAUGUUAUCGCCGAAAUUUAUGAAGUGUGGCAUUUUGAAGAAAAAUCCAGCAAACUCUUUAAAGACUACAUUUACACCUUUCUUAAACAGAAACAGGAAGCCUCGGGUUAUCCUCCCGGGGUAGACGACCCUGCAGCCCGUCAGGCCUAUAUCACUGAAUAUCGUGAGAAGCAGGGUAUUACUCUUGACCCUCAGAAAAUUGCCCAUAACCCAGCUAAAAGACAAAUUGCAAAACUGUUACUAAAUUCACUAUGGGGAAAGCUGGCGCAAAGAUCAAAUCAGCUUACAACAACUCUGGUGAACAAACCCGAACGCUUUUUUGAAUUCCUCUUUUCCAGCAAAUAUGUGAUUUCACAGUUUCAGUUCAUUAAUGACAGAGUUGCACUGGUCCAGUGGCGGUAUACUUCUAACUGUGUCAUUCCCCCUGGCGAUGUGAAUGUUUUUAUUGCGGCCUUCACAACUGCUUAUGCACGUCUCGAACUGUAUAAGCAGUUAGAUUUACUCCAAGAAAGAGUUUUUUAUUGCGAUACCGAUUCAAUAGUGUUUGUCUCGAGCCCUAGCGAUCAGUAUAACCCUCCGGUGGGGAAUUAUCUAGGAGAUUUGACAUCUGAAUUAGAUCCUGGCGACUCUAUUAAAUCAUGGACUGCAGCAGGUCCGAAAUCCUACGCCUAUGUAACAGAGUGCGGUAAAGCGACUUUACGUGCUAAGGGGAUUACUCAGAAUUAUGAAAACUGUAAAAAAUUCAACUUUGACAGUCUCACAGCCCUGGUAGAACCAUAUCUCAAAGACCGCGAGACACGAUGUGAAAUUUCUGCACGUUACAAUAAAAUUACACGAAAUCUGAAAACUUUUGAGCUCACUAAUAAAGAGAGGGUGAUCAAUUUUGGCAUUGACUGGGACAAGAGACGCCUUUUUCCUUCAGGAAAAUCAUUACCGUUUGGCUAUUAAAAACAUUGUCCAUGUGUUCUGUCUCAAAAGAACUGCAUAGAUUUAUGAUGGGAUGACCUGAGGCUUCUCUAUACAGUUCUUUUGAGAAAAAAAAUAUUACUAUUCCCUAUAAUGCUUUAGCGAGCGUUGCAUAUUCUGUUUUAUUCACACGUAUUUUUUUAUCAUGCAUUAUACCUUAGUGUGUAAUAUGUAUUUUGUUUAUUCACUUCUAUUUUUUUAUCAUAGAUUAUAUGGUAGCAUGAAAUGUAUCAGCUGUAUUGUGUAUUCACAUGCAUUUUGUAACAUGCAUUAUACCCUACUAUGAAAUGUAUGUAUUCUUUAUCCACAUGUAUUUUUUUAUCUUGCAUUAUACUGUAGUAUGAAGUAUGUGCUUUGUUUAUUCAUGUCUAUUUUGUAUAUCAAUAAACCAUAUUUCUUCUUCUUU